UUGAAGCAAGCUUUAGAAAAGUAUGAAGUGAGAUUCAUAAAUCUGGAACAGAGAGAUAAAGAAAAGAUCAACCUUAUUGCUAAACUAGAUGAUGACAUCAAGGAAAUCAAACAAUCGAAAGCUAAUACCAGUUCUAUCGAGAAUUCUGAAAACGCUCCUGAACAAUUGUUUAAAGAGUGUAAGUAG